CAGCAGCCACAGACAUGUCUUGGUGACAAUACCCUGCUUAUUACGGAGACGGUCUUUGUUGUGUUCAGGUCUCCAGGAAGCAGCACUCCUUCCAGGCCCUGCUGCUGCUGCUGCCACCAUUGCUGUGACGACCAGCUUGUUGACACAAGCAGAUUGCCCAGGUAGCUGCACCCAUCCCUGUUCCUGAACUGAUCAAGCUGCUGCACAAAAGGGAGGAGGACUCGCAGCCAGGGAGAGGGCAACGGCAGACUCAGGAAUGUACUCUCCGCAGGUCAGAUACUCAGCAGUUACCAAAGACACGGGAGAUUUCCCAGAGAGACACCACGCAGGACACUUUGAACAUGUCGCUCAUAUGAAAGUGUUUGACAACAAGUCCCCGACAUUCCGGAUUCCAGCCAAGAUCUGCAUUGUGAAACCGGUCGCUGAAGACGCAGAUUCCUCAGGGCUCGGAGGUAGGAAAAUCAACGCGUCGGACCCAGCGUCAGAGAAGGAAGACAAUUGCUCCAAGCUACUGAAACAAGUGAAAGUAGAUUUGCACCUGAGCGACAGUGAGGAUGACAGUGGACGUGAGUCGUCUCCAGGUUCCAGCGUUAAGAAGAGAAUGAAGAGCAGGGGGAAGAAAGAGGAAAAGCGGAAGGAGGUGCAGCCUCGGACGCGUCCCGAGAGAGGGGAGGACGCCGAAUGGGUUAAGGCCAAAGGAAAAGUUGAACAGUUCUUGGACUUCCCAGGAGCCAUGGCCUUUCGGAAUCACAUAGAAGGCAACAGACCUUCCCAGAUCCCCCCAGGCGGUAGUAAUGGCCAGGAGCUCUGCUAUAUCCCUGCUGCUGUUCCCAACACCAGGCACAACGCUGUCUUCUUGAGGGGCAAUGAGACGGCCGUGCAGGAGUUACAGCUGAAGCUCAGGUAUCAGGAGGGCAAGGGUCUCCGAACAGUGGACUCAGCGCAUCAGCAAAACAUUGAGACGGGGACUGCGGACGGUGACCCCCAAACACAGGACACGUCUAUCAGCUUGCCUGGCAACUCUGUCCCAGGCCUGGGGAAAGGAACGCAGCCAGUGCAGUGAUUGUAGGGUUACAGUACAAUAUGUAUAAGCAUAUGAUGUAAGUGUACUCAGCACAAUACAGGUAUAGGACACUUUACUGAACAUAGCGGUGGAUGCAUUACGCCCGGAG